CGACUUCAAAUCACUCUUCCUUUGUCACUGACAUUUGCCAAAACAACACAUGUUUUGUGCAUUUUCGUGUAUUAUUUCUAUUUCCCGUGACUCUAACUAAAGCAAGGCUUUCAAGAUGCCUAAAACCAAGAAGAAGUUCAUAGACCGAAAGAAGGCAGUAACGUUCAACUUAGUGCACAGGUCGCAGCGGGAUCCCCUGGCCGCCGACGAGAGCGCCCCGCAGCGGGUGCUGGUGCCCGUCAGCGCCGCAGUACCGCCGAGGAAAGAAAAGGAACCUGAGCUAACUCCCGAGCAGCGCAGAGAGGAGCAGCGCAAGUACGGCGUCUACUUCGACGAUGACUACAACUACCUGCAGCAUCUCAAGGACACCAAGGAGGUCACGCUCGUUCUGCAGCCCAAAGCAACACAUAAACGGAAAGAGAAGUCGCAGCCAUCAGGCGAGGAGGAUGAGCCAGUAAUCCCUGUUGUGGAGAAGCUGAAUCUGCCAAGCUCCGUGUUCGCAUCCGCUGUCGAGGAAGACGUGGGUUUACUCAACAAAGCUGCUACACAAGGAUUGUGCCUGGACCUGGACCCGGAAGUGGUAGCGGCGCUGGACGAGGACUUUGACUUCGAGGACCCGCAGAAUGAGCUGGAGGACAACUUCAUCGAGCUGGCCAUGGGGGAAGGAGCGGACGAUGGCGAGGAGUAUGAAGAAGACGAUGAAGACGCCGACAGCGUGUCCGGCGACUCCGGCCAGGCCUUCGCCUCCGACCUCGACUCGGACGACGACACCGACCCACAGGAGGGCCGCCGGCUGGCAGCGUGGGACAGCGACAAACACGACACCAAGUCCCGGUUCUCGCAGUACUCCAUGUCGUCCAGCGUCAUCAGGAGGAACCAGGGCCUGACGCUGCUCGAUGACCGCUUCGAGAAGAUGUUCGCGGAGUACGAUGACACGGAGCUGGGCGCGCUGGAGUGCGAGGAGAUCGAGGGCUUCAUGCCCGAGUCGCACGCCGCGCUGCUCCGCGCCGCCGACGAGUUCGAGGAGUCGCGGCGGCGGCACCAGCUCGACAAGGAGCGCGAGAUCGCCAGGAUUCGCCGGCUACAAGAGAUCGAAGAAGAGUCAGAGGAGGAGCUGGACACGGUGGAGGUGCCGCGGGAGGAGAAGUGGGACUGCGAGACCAUCCUCUCCACCUACUCCAACCUCUACAACCACCCCAAGCUCAUCGAGGAGCCCAAGAAACCGGGCAAAAUCCGCAUCAACCCCAAGACGGGCAUCCCCAAGGACGUGCUGGAGGCCGACAACAAGCUCACGGUGAAGUCGCUGGCCAGGUUCAACGCGCUGCAGCCGCCCGCCGCCGCUGAUGAUGAUGAUGACGCCGCCACCCGCGCCGACACCGUGCUCUCCACCCUCAGUGUGCUGUCGCUACGGCCCAAAGAUGAGAGUCCGGAAGAGAAGAAGGAGCGCAAGCGGCUGCUGAAGGAGUUCCGCGCGGAGCGGCGCGCGGAGAAGAAGGCCAACCGCGAGGCCUUCAAGCAGGAGAAGAUGCGCCAGGAGAAGAUCCUGCUCAACAACCGCAACAACGUGCAGGGCAACCGCAUACUCUAGGCUCUAGGCUACGCUAGCUUUACGAAACAAUAUAUUAUUAUGUUAUAUA